AUGUCGAGCGAUCACUUGAACAAAUCAAGGCCAGUGAUGCCUUCGCCUUCAGAAUCGUCUGUCACCUCUACAAGCUCCAUUGUCAGUCGUCAAAGUACACCUGUGGAUAUGGACGGCUUGAGUUACCCAAGUGUUGGUGCUAGAGAAAGAAGAGAUGAAUCACCCGAAGAACGAGCUCAACGUCAAAAAAAGUUGGCUGAAGCUGUCAAAACGAUCUUAUCAUGCAUUGGUGAAGACCCAGAACGUGAAGGUUUACUCAAGACUCCCGAUCGCUAUGCCAAGGCACUUAUGUUUUUCACAAAGGGAUAUGAGGAGAACAUUCGAGACGUUGUCAAUGAUGCCAUCUUUGAAGAAGAUCAUGAUGAGAUGGUGAUUGUCAAGGAUGUGGAUGUAUUUUCAUUGUGCGAGCAUCACAUGGUACCUUUCACUGGUAAAAUUGCCAUCGGCUAUAUUCCGAAUCGCCGUGUAAUCGGACUCAGCAAGUUAGCUCGGAUUGCAGAGUUGUACUCAAGAAGAUUGCAAGUGCAAGAACGUAUUACAAAACAAAUCGCAACAGCAUUGAUGGAAAUAUUACAGCCCCAAGGUGUCGCUGUCGUUAUGGAAGCAGCACACAUGUGCAUGUGUAUGCGAGGAGUACAAAAACCUGGUAGCUCUACUGUUACCAGCUGCAUGAUGGGUUGUUUCCGUAGCAAUCCCAAAACCCGUGAAGAAUUCCUGACUCUCAUCCGCCGAUAG